AUGGCCACCGCGGGCAUCUCCCCGAUAACAGACAUCAAGAUCACCGUCUGCCCAGAGGACAAUUGCUCCGUUCCCGGCUACAGAAAGGUUGCCCAGGAUCUCAACAAAUACUCCAGAGGCAACUUCGUGCACCUCCACUUUACCAACCUUCCCACACCUCAAGGCAGCAGCAAUGUUCGACUGAACCCGAUCACAAACAUUGCUGUCUUGCAAGGUCCGGAUGCAGAGAUGGGUCCAGACUGGGAGAGAAUCGAGGGCAACCUGAACGAUGGCAACCGUGGCCCCGUCCUGACCAUGUUUGUCCAGCGUGACCCUGACGAUUCUCCAAUUGACAGCGUUGUUGUCAAGUAUGGUUAUGACAGCCAUGCCGCCAUCGGUUACGACCGUCUUCCUUUGGAUCUGAAUGUUGGCACAGGAGAGCGCCCUAUCGCGAGUCUCAACCUCAGUCUUAGAAGUCAACAGCCCGAUGAUGAAGAUGAUGGUGCGCCGGGAGAGUCGAUUGAUACAGGAAUUCGAUUCAAGGACAGCAACGUCUAUGUCAACUACCGACGAGGUCGACUUGGCAACCGCAAGGAUGUUCUGGACAACCUUGCGGUUGAACUUGGAAACAACCCAGUUCCCUACGGCUGGAAUCUGGCUUCAUUUGACCAUGACCCAGAGGAAGAUGUCCCAGAUUGGAAUGCUCAGAUCGUCUACAGAACCGGUGAAAAGGCCCUUCCCAAGGUCCCCACCCUCAAGUUCAAGGACGACGGUUCUUUCAAGAUUGUGCAGUUUGCCGAUAUCCAUAUGGCGACUGGCCCUCACUCAUGUUACAACGCCCCAAGCUCGAUGACUUGCACUGGAGAUAUCAACACUUCGGAGAUGAUGGAGCGUGUGCUGGAGGCAGAGAGACCUGAUUUGGUUGUCUUUACAGGCGACAACGUCAACGGAAUGACCUCUAACGACGCCUACUCUACGAUCCUCAAAUAUUCCAAACCAGUCGUUGAGCGCGGAAUCCCAUGGACCAUUAUCUUUGGAAACCACGAUGAAGAAGGCGAUCUUUCUCGUGAGGAGAUGAUGCGGUCAGUGCAGGAUGUUCCCUUUUCGAUGGCAGAGCGCGGACCUGCCGGAAUUUCGGGCACAGGCAACUUUGUCCUCCAGAUCCACAGACGCGAUCGUCGUCAGCCUCCACCUCGUCAUCGCCAUCGUCACCCCAGCUUUGAUGCGCAGAGCGAGGACCAUGAGCAUGAAUGUGAUCAUGAGGAGGAGCUGGAUGAGGGCAUUGAGGCCUUCAACAAGGAGAGGGAUGGUCGUUUUACUCUCUACUUCCUAGACUCAGGUGCAUACAGCUUCAACCUCGCAUACCCUGGCUAUGACUGGAUAAAGGAGGAUCAGGUCGAGUGGUUCCGACAGACAUCUCAGGCUAUUACUUCGCGCUAUCCCAAGGACAAGGUCCCCAACGCGUUGGCAUUCUUCCACAUCCCAAUUCCCGAGUACGCUCUCGUCGAUGGUGAUAAUGACGACAACGACAAUGGCGACGAUGAUGGUGAAGACGGUUUGAAAAAGAAGGAGAAUGGUAAGAUGGUGGGUGACAAGGUGGAGGGUGUUAGUAGUCCCUCGUACAACUCUGGCAUGUUUGAUGCUAUCUUUGAGAGCAAGGAUGUCAGAGCGACCACUGCCGGACAUGACCAUCUCAACGACUAUUGCUUGGACCAUCGCGGAAUCGAACUUUGCUUUGGCGGAGGCCUGGGUUACGGCUCGUAUGGUCGGGGUUCGAUCUACAGACGCUCGCGCGUGUUUGAGAUCCUCAAGAAUGGUGAUAGAGUCGAUACCUGGAAGCGUCUGGAUGAUGACGAUUUGACGAUUAUCGGACAGCAGACCCUCUUUGAAGGACCCAAGGUCCACGACAGUUCGUCUCCUUCUGAGCGCCAUGGCCGUCCCAACAACCAAAAGGGACAACGUCAACGACAGAUUGAUGAUCUUUUGGAACGUCUUCGACAGGGUACCCAGUUUGUCAUGGGAGACGUUGGAGGUGGAGGCGUCAUGUAA